ACUACGCCAACCACCUUGCAGGCAGCUGGGCUGCCUAAAACCCCCUCACCCACGUUGCUACAAAUUGGCUCUCGAUUGCUCAUAAUACAACUCGGUGUAGCUUCUGGAAUUUUAGGUCGGUUGUUUUUCACCUGCCACGAAACCGCUUUGGACAGCUUCAGCAACCUAUCGCCAGCCGUCAGGCAUGGCGGAUCGGAAUGGAAGUCAUAGAAGUCGAAUCGACAAACGCGAUUUCGACGCCAAUAGGCCGCUCCUUGCGGAUUACGGUACAUGUGAGGAAGAUGGGCUGCGAGCCCAAGCCGGAUUCUCAGAGGCAGAGUCGCGCACGUCAAGGCUAUCCGGCGACGGUGAUCAGCCUGGCGAGGGUUUGCUUAACGAGGUAGUUGAAAAUAUUGUUAUGAGGGAUCGACAGAAAUUGAAGAAGGAAAUUGUUCGCAUAUUCAGCUUCAUAUGGAGUAUCAUAUCAUGUCUCGGUGCUGGGAGCCUAACGGCUUUCUCCCUUUACGGCCCUCUCCUACUUACUCGACUACAUUACUCGCAAGCACACGUUAAUGGCGUUUCAAUUGCUGCCGAGAUAGCCAUGUACCUGCCCAUUUCGGUUUUUGGGUACCUUUGCGAUCGAUACUCCCCCUCUCCGGUGUCGCUUUUGGCUGGAAUACUGUUUGGUGUUGGAUACCUGCUUGCUGCGUUAUCAUACAGGAGCGGUCCACCAGUCGACUUGGGUGGAACAGGAUGGCCAUACUGGGUUAUGAUCCUGGCUUUCGUCUUCACCGGCAUGGGCACUUGCUGCCUGUAUGGAGCUGCGGUAACAACAUGCGCAAAGAACUUUGGCAGAGGGAAGAACAAGGGCAUCAUGUUGGCAUGCCCAAUUGCUGCAUUCGGCCUAAGUGGAAUAUGGCAGAGCCAAAUUGGUAGCCAUAUGUUGUGCGAAAGAAACCCCGACGGGUCAUGCGGAGAAGUCGAUGUCUUUCGAUAUUUUCUCUUCCUGUCUAUUCUGUUGUUGGUUAUUGGAGUGAUUGGCGCCGCAGCAUUACAAAUCGUCGAUGAUGAAGAGCAAGACAAGUAUAUUGAUGAGGCCGUCUCGGAGCUAGAGAGAAGUGGCAUCCUUGGAGAGGACAGUUUCUUUCGCCCUCGUGAAGAAAUCGUAGCUUCGUACGGAACGUUCCAAGAGAACAACGACAACAAUUACUACGAUGACGAAUCAGCAGAUGAACAAUUCGUAACACCAUCUGAGGAAGAACGCCUACAACAAUCCCGAAAGUCACAGCGGGAAGAGGAGGAACGGCGAAAAAAGAAUUGGCUUUUGAAUCAAGAAACGAGACUGUUCUUGAAAGAUAAUACCAUGUGGUGGCUUGCAGCUGGUUUCUUUUUCGUGACAGGGCCUGGAGAGGCCUACAUCAACAAUCUCGGCACAAUCAUUCAGACCUUAACGCCCGUCUCAUAUCCAGAAAAAGCACCGCCACCUGCAGGUCUUGCAUCAACCCACGUCAGCACCAAUGCUCUAACCUCGACAAUUGCGCGUCUCCUUGUCGGUUCCAUCACCGAUAUCUUUGCGCCACCCGCAACCCAUCAAUUCAUCUACAGUCUCGAAAACCCAAACCGCCAACCGAUUCCCCAAUCCCGCGGCAUCACACUAUCUCGUCUCACCUUCCUCCUACCUUCCGCCUUCGUCCUCUCCCUUGGCUUUCUUCUCCUUGCCUCCCCGCUUACUCUCCACCACCCUGAACUAUUCCACGUAACUACAGGCUUUGUCGGGUUCGGAUACGGCGCCUCCUUUGCACUCAUGCCCAUAAUAAUAUCCGUGGUCUGGGGCGUUGAGAAUUUUGGCACAAAUUGGGGGAUUGUGGCCAUGGUUCCUGCCGCUGGGGCCGCCUUUUGGGGUAUUGUAUAUUCACAUGGUUACCAAGAUGCAAUCGACGCCGAUCCAACGGACCGCCAGGGUCAGUGUUUUGGUUGGAAAUGUUUCGGAUUAUGGGCGAUCGGGUGUACGGCGAGUAUAUGGGCGGCAAUAACCGUUUGGAUGAUUGCCUGGAGGGGAUGGAACAGAAGGGGAAUUGUAGUAUAGAUUUGAUGACUCUUGUCGAUGAGAUAGACAAAAUUUUCGG